AUGGAAUCAGAUGAAACAAUAUGUGUUGUAUGCCAGCAAGGACCCACCGAAUAUGAUCCAUUUGUGAAUCCAUGCCACAGGUGCUUGGUAUGUUUCCAUGAAGAAUGUUUGAACCUUUCCAUUAGGACAGUCGCUAACGCUAUAAAAGAUUCAAAAAGGAUAGAUCCAGUUAACUGGCUCCUUUGGCUCUUUAAUCGGAAAGUGUAUGAACAGCUAUCGACGCCUCGAGAUCCCUUUUCCCCCGGACCUAUUGCCAUCCAUUACAGACAAAGCUUAACGUGUGGCUUUGUCGAUGCCAAAAUUAGAUGUACACCCUCUAUUUCUGACCUGCUAAAACUUACAAGUAUGAGACCCAACGAUACCUUUACCAUGUUGUGCCCCAACUGCCGUGCCUCUAUUUUGGUUUUUGGAAGGAAAUCCGUUCUAUCAGGUGUUCACAAGGUUGUCAGUCAUCUGAAAUCUUUUGCAUUGGCCACCGUUUCCGCUGGUCUUGUAUCUGGAAUAGCUUUAUUUUCAUCAUUCUCGAUGGCUGCAACAUUUGCCUUUAGCUUGAACUGGGCUAGUGAUUUUUUCCAACAAACGGAAGAAUUCGAUUACACUGAACUGCUGAGGUUCAUAAUGGUGCCCCAUUUUGUAUAUACGAUGGUUACUCCAAACGUGGGGUUGUUGCAACUAAUUUUUGCAUCGAUCUACUCCUCAUUUUCUUACGGAAUACCUGCUUCUGGGAUAACCACAACACUUCAGAAGUUCAUCUAUGGUAAAUUGAUUACAGCUAUCACCUAUAGGCUGACAAUCAACCGUUACUACUAUGAAUCGUUCAAACAAACAAUUCCUGCUGUAUUUGGGCUAAAACUAUCACUUGAUGACGCGUGGGCGAUCCAAGAUUAUAGAAAUGAAACAGUAUAUGAAGAGUACAAUACUUCACCAUUUUGGAAUAAAUGCAUCAGUUGGGUCAGAGAUACAUGGUACUGUUUAUGGGAAGAUUUUGGAGAAUUAUACAGAGUUAGUGCUUUGGAUGUAUUUUUUGGAAAUUACGGAUUCAUGUCCACGUUUGCUAUCGGUUUAUUACUUGGAGAUGGUCCAAUGAGUAAUUUCCUGUUCAACAUUUACAUGACAGAAUCACAAAACCAGGCGUUGUCUAAACUCGUUGGUAUCGCCAUUACACAAAUGGCUUACUUUUGUGUAUCAACAUUCAAUUCAUGUGCUUUGGCUAACUGUUAUAAGAACUUAAAGCCUGGAGAGGGAAAUAUGCCGGUUACAAAAGUCAGAAGGGCAGCCGAGGUAGUAUUCCAGACAUUCAGUGCACGUCCGACAGUCAUGCUUUGA